AUGGGCUGGCUCACUGUAAAAAGUCGUCGAAAACCUUGUUAUUUGCGUGAACUAUUCAUAGAGGAUCCUAAUUUGCGAAGAUCUGAAAGACUUGCAGCGAAAAGAAAUAAUAUUAGUUUCCCUAAAGAGAGGCCCAAAAUAGUUUUGACCAUAUCUCUGCAGCUGGACUCAACAUCCAGAGGAGCAUUGGCUCCCCCCAUGUCAGUUUUGACCCACCCGGGGUGCAUGCAAGCUACCAGGAUCCCAUCGUGCUCCAGGUCGAUGCUCAUUGACUUGAUUAAUUACCUGGGUGAACAUUAUCGGUGCCACGGUAUUAACCAGGAAAGUUUCCGUCAGUUGUUCGGCCUUGACCAUCCCAAUCCUCGAGAAUUUGGUAGCGACUCCUGCAUUGUUGAACAAUACAUUGAGUCCGGCUUCUCCGACUUGAGAGCUGACCUCAUUGACCACGCGGGGGAAGUCCUUGAAGUCCUUGAGAUCUUUAAAUAUAUUUAA